GAUUUAGUGAAGCAAAAUUUUUGCAAAAUUACUAUUAAACGAAACAUCAUCUAAAAAUUUGAGAUUUUAAAUUAAAAUGCUUCAUCAUCUCAUUAUUGUUUUUCUCUCCCUCUUCCUCCUCGUUUACGUGUCUUGAGGCAUUGUGGAGUGAGAAAUUUUAACAUAGAGAGGUAAGUAAGGAAGAUUGAAAACAAGGGAAUGAAUGUUGAUACAAGCCUUGAAUCAGUUACCUCUGGGUUUGUUGAAAUUGAUCCUACUGGAAGAUAUGGAAGGUACAAUGAAAUUCUUGGCAAGGGCGCCUCAAAGACAGUGUAUGAAAUCUAAUAUCUCCAUCUCACUAGGUUCUUUCGUUUUUUGGCCAUUUAGAUGUUUUUUUGGAGUUCUGGGUUGAUUGGGGGGAACUGGUUGUUUUCAGUUAUAAGGCUUUUGAUGAGUAUGAAGGCAUUGAGGUAGCAUGGAAUCAGGUGAAGCUUCAUGAUUUCCUACAGAGUCCUGAGGUACUUGAGAGGUUGUACUGUGAAAUUCAUCUGCUAAAGACCUUGAAACAUGAAAAUAUUAUGAAGUUCUACACUUCCUGGGUUGAUACUGCUAACAGGAACAUCAAUUUUGUCACUGAAAUGUUCAUCUCUGGUACUCUUAAGCAGUAUAGGCUAAAACAUAGGAGAGUGAACAUUAGAGCAGUGAAGCAUUGGUGUAGACAGAUUUUGAGAGGGCUUCAUUAUCUCCAUACCCGUGAUCCCCCUGUAAUUCACAGAGAUCUUAAGUGUGAUAACAUUUUUGUGAAUGGAAACCAAGGAGAGGUUAAGAUUGGUGAUCUAGGCCUCGCUGCAAUUCUCCGUAAAUCCCAUGCUGCUCAUUGUGUUGGAACACCGGAGUUCAUGGCUCCAGAAGUUUAUGAAGAGGAAUACAAUGAAUUGGUUGACAUAUAUUCUUUUGGCAUGUGCAUCUUGGAAAUGGUUACCUUUGAAUAUCCAUACAGUGAAUGCACUCAUGCUGUUCAGAUCUACAAGAAAGUUAUUACUGGGAAGAAACCUGACGCUCUAUACAAGGUAAAGGAUCCUGAGGUUCGGGAAUUUGUUGAGAAAUGCUUAGCAACUGUGUCUCUUAGGCUCUCUGCCUGGGAGCUUUUGAAGGACCCUUUUCUCCAAGUCGAUGAUUAUGGUACCGAUUUGAGGGAAAUAGAGUUUCAAAGUGACUACGCUGUUGCGGCACCUCUUAUAAGACAGCCUGUUUAUGAUUUUCAUCAUAACAACAGUAGCUCUUUGAUCAAUGGUUAUACUAAUCAUCCUGGUUAUGAUCUUGAGAAUGAGAUAGACUAUGAUAAACUUGACCUCUUCACUAGUCAAGAUGAUGAGCAUUUGGGAGAUGUUGACAUUGCAAUCAAGGGCAGCAGAAGAGAAGAUGAUGACAUCUUUCUCCGGCUCAGAAUUUCUGACAAAGAAGGACGGAUUCGUAACAUAUACUUUCCUUUUGACAUUAAGACUGAUACUGCAUUGAGUGUUGCAACUGAAAUGGUUUCUGAACUUGAUAUUACUGACCAAGAUGUGACCACAAUAGCUGACAUGAUUGAUGGUGAAAUUGCUACCUUGGUUCCGGAGUGGAAAAGGGAACUCAUAAUGGAUGAAAAUUCGCAUUGGUCUGGUGCAAAUUUCUGUCAGAAUUGUGCUGCAAAUGGCUAUUUAUCAGAUUAUGUGUCAUCUUCUAGUGCAGGUGCCAAAAACCUGCAAGUUCUUCAGUGCUCAAAUCAAGUAUGUGCUGCUGUCCAUGGCCGCUUUGAAGAGAUUACAUACCAAGUUGAAGGGACAGAAGAAUAUGAUACAGAAGGCGGAGAAGCUGCAUUAAGCCGCUCAGAUAGCAUUCAUUAUGCUGACAUCUGGGCACAACGGGAAGGUCCGGAAAUAAGCUCAAGAGAUUCAAGGGAUAUCCGUUGUGAUGAUCAAGCACAUAAGAAAUCACCCCAAUCGAUCCAUGGAAAAGAAGAGAAUAUCAUUAACAUGGACAGUCAAAGCAAACCAAAGGCAACAAGAUCUUUCUCUGUCAACCAUGUUCCCGAUCCUGAUUUCUCCAAUGACUAUGAGAAUGAAAUCAGGCAAGAACUCAGGUGGCUGAAAGCAAAGUACCAAAUGCAGUUGAGGGAGUUCAGAGGCCAACAAUUUGGAGUAAGUUCACGCUUGACACCUAGUUCUAAUGACUCAGAGCACAGCAAAGCUGCACCAUAUUCCAUUUUGCCACUUCCAAAAGGAGAAAGCAAGAGAAUUGUCUUAAAAUCCUUGCACCUAGGAAGCAAGCUACGCGGUCCCCAUCUUUCCACUAACGUCGAGAAGAAAAAUUCCAAUUUCGCAAACCAAGGCAUACAAAAUUCUGAAGACAGCAACGAUUCAAGUUUUGGUUGUAGCCCUGAGGCAAUGGUUACUGCAAACAGCAGAACAUUACUUCCACAUCCUCUCCUAAGGACAUCUUCACUUCCAGUUGAUGCAUUAGAUGUGUAGAGGCUACCAGGAAUUCCCAAACAGCAUAUCCUUUAGCCAUAAAACAGGCAGCCUUCCUUUAUUUGCAUUCCAGCAUAGAUACAUAAGUGAGAUUAUCCCUUGGAUGAAAUGAAAAUUUUAGAUCUAGUUCUUGUACAUUACCACUAACCUUAAAGCAAAGGCAAUUUCACAGACUUCAAUUUCACUAA